AUGUCUUCGAAGAAGAUUGUGUUGAAGAGUUCCGAUGGUGAAUCCUUUGAGGUUGACGAAGCUGUGGCUCUCGAGUCUCAGACCAUAGCUCAUAUGGUUGAAGACGACUGCGUCGACAACGGAGUUCCUCUUCCUAAUGUCACGAGCAAGAUCCUCGCGAAGGUGAUCGAGUACUGCAAAAAGCACGUCGAGGCUGCUGCUUCCAAGAGCGAAGCCGUCGAUGGUGGUUCCUCCGACGAAGACCUUAAGGCAUGGGAUGCUGAUUUCAUGAAAAUUGAUCAGGCUACGCUCUUCGAACUCAUUCUGGCUGCGAAUUACCUGAACAUCAAGAACUUACUUGACCUUACAUGCCAGACAGUGGCUGAUAUGAUCAAAGGCAAAACACCAGAAGAGAUUCGCACGACCUUCAACAUCAAGAACGAUUUCACACCCGAGGAAGAGGAAGAGGUUCGCAGGGAGAACCAAUGGGCUUUUGAAUGA